AAAACAAAUGUCUGAAACAUUAGUCUAUGGUUUGGUUCUCAUAACCUCUAAUUCAUAAAAAAAGUUAUAAAUGAAUUAAAUUUAAAUAAUUUACUACACAAUUAAAGCCUUUACUAAUAGAAUAUUUAUUUCAAAUAAAAUACAUAAGAAUUACAUGCAUUAUUAUGGCGGGGUCACUCUUUCGAUCGGUGCUUAACAAUACACUCCAAGCAUAUAAAACAAAUACUUUGAAUCUGAAAACUGUGCAUACAUCAGCAGUAUACUAUGCAGCUCGUAAAGGCACCAGGGCUAAAGCACGUGCUAAAAAAGUCAAAGUUGAAGUCACAAAAGUUGGUUUCAUUCCCCACAAUCAAAGAGGAAAGGAUAAAUUAGUAAAACAAGUAAACAAACAUUUAGAUGACACAUUCAAGGGUGAACCCAUGGAUGAUGUUUACCCUCUGAAGUACUACAGAUGGGUGGUAUACUCCGCCGAAGAUGCAGUUCGAGCACACCAAGAAACGCACCACCCGACUAUGUACAAUCAGCCAGAUGCCCUUGUAUAUGCCCAAGUUGAAUUUAACAUGCAAGGUGUUAAAAAGAAUCGCUACAUUGACAAUUUCACCCGGUUGAGUUUGUUGCCACACAUGUUUCCUCGUGACGAAGAGCGCACGAUCCUCGUCUUCUGCAAGGGUCAGGAGCUGAUUAAAGAGGCUUCAGACGCUGGAGCAACCACAGCCGGGAGCACUGAGCUCGUGAAGAAAAUUCAGGAGGGCCAGCUCAAACUGAGUGACUACGAUUACGUGAUAGCCCAUCCCAACAUCAUUACGGAUCUAGUGCCAAUUCGUGGACUGAUGAAGAAGCGAUUCCCGAACGUUCGCGCGGGCACUCUCGACCCACAAGUUGGGGUGCUGGUCAAGAAAUUUGCUGCUGGAGUGCAGUAUCGAGUGGUCAAGGACGAACACCAACAGAAUCAUGGGUCCGUUGAAGUGCCUAUUGGAAGAUUAAACAUGGAGCCGAAACUCGUAGCUGAGAAUAUUGAAGCAUUGUUAAAGGAUAUGCAAUCAGUACGUCCAAGGAGAGAUGGCCUUUUCAUCACCAGAUGUCUCAUUGCAAGCCCGCCGUCUAAAGAAAUAUUUAAGAUCGAUCCAUUCGUGUUUGUUGACCAAAAUCUCUCGAAGGAAGUGCAAGAGGACAGUGACGAUGAAGCCGAACCUGUCGCUGCCACUGCUUAGAAUAAUUCAUAGCUAUCCUUAUUAUGUAGAUAGAUGUUGAUUAAAAUUU